CCUAAUAAUUCGGACUUGCCAUGAAUCGUUGGUUAAAUCGCGUUGCCGUCGUAACAGGGGCCAGUGGUGGAAUCGGAGCAGCCUGUUGCCGUGAUCUGGUGGCCAAGGGUAUGAUAGUCGUGGGGUUAGCCAGGAGAGAGAAGGUUCUCCAGGAGAUAAAAUCCUCCCUGCCUGCCGAUCAGUCUGUUCGUUUUCAUACCCGUUCUUGUGAUGUCAGCGACGAGCAGCAGGUCAAAGAUGUCUUCGCUUGGAUCGACCAAACUCUGGGUGGUGCCGAUGUGCUAAUCAAUAAUGCUGGAAUAGUGCGGAAUAUCAACAUCACGGAUGAGGGAAACUCGAAUGAUGUGCGCGCCAUUCUGGACGUCAAUGUACUGGGAGUGACAUGGUGCACCCGUGAGAUAUUUAUAUCGUUGCAACGCCGCAAGGUCAACGAUGGUCAUGUGGUGAUCAUCAAUAGUGUGGUGGGUCACCAAGUACCCGCCGUGGAGAAUUUUAGCCUCAACAUGUAUGCACCCUCAAAGCACGCGAUCACAGCAUUAACCGAGAUCCUGCGCCAGGAGUUCAACAAAAAAGGGACCAAGACCAAGAUUACGAGCAUCAGUCCUGGUGUGGUAGACACGGAAAUCUUUGAAAACGGAUCUUGGGAACAUCCCAGUGGAAUGCCUAUGCUGCGAUCGGCCGACGUGGCCGAUGCAGUAUCUUAUUGCAUUCAAACGCCGCCAAAUGUUCAGAUACAUGAACUUAUUAUCAAGCCUGUGGGCGAACGCUUUUGAAGUGUCCAUUUCGAAAGCAAGGUCCAGUAUGAAGUUUUCGCAGAGCUAAUAAACAAAUCCAUUGAACUAUAGGUGCUGAGAAAUUUCAUAAGUAAUCUAUUAAGAGGCACUACAUUUUAAUCAAUUCAAUCUUGAGCAAUCAAGACUAAUAGCAACAAUAUAUAUAAAAAGAAAAAUAUAUUGCUGUUAUUAUUGUUGCUAUUAGUCUUGAUUAGCCGACUAAUUAAACUUUGAAUCAACAAUG